AUAAAAGUUCUGAGUUUGGAGGACCGAUUGGAAUGGCUCUUUAGCAGCGCUGAUGCACAUUUACCAAACACUUUUCUGCAACCCACAAUGCAAAAUGUUGUCGAUUUUCACAAAACUUUCAUCAAAAAGAAGGAUCUUACUACAGUUCGCGAAGCCCUCAAACUUGCUUUCGAGAUGUGCGAUGAAGAUUUAUGCCGUGCUGCUUUACCAGACAAUAGAGGACAAUUGGAUAGGCAAGGAAUUAUUGUGACUAGUAACGAACCUAGGUUCGCACUUGGGGUUCAGCAGAACUAG